CUAAUGCAAAAUUGCACUGAAUUAUUUAUUUUUGCAACUAUUAUUCUAGCAUAUUGUAGUAUCGUAUCGUAGUUGAGUAUAUUAAUCCAUCACAACAUCCGCGUACACACAAAACCUGUUAUUUUUUAUUAUCUUUAAUUAAAAGGUUGUUUCUUUUUUUUCAGGAUGAAUCUUCUAAGCCAGUUGAUGUCUAUGUUGAAUCCGAGAACGGCUCGACCACUGAUCAAUUUGUUGCAAUAUUUCUUCAGUGCAAUAACCGUAUUGGAUUUGAAUUCUGACGAUUUCCCACCACAGGCUCAAGUGUCAGAUGGUCAAGUCUUCGAUUUCAUAAUAAUAGGAGGUGGAUCAGCAGGAUGCGUUCUUGCCAACAGAUUAACAGAGAUAAGUGGCUGGAAUGUCCUUCUAAUAGAAGCAGGGGGAAAUCCGCCACCGACAUCUAAGCAUCCCGGCUUUUUCCUGUUCGUUGAUUACUCUGACGCUGAUUGGAACUAUUACACUGUCAACGAUGGUUAUUCUAGUCAAGGACUUCAAAAGAAAAGUGUCCAUCUUACAAGAGGCAAGAUGCUGGGUGGGUCAAGUGGAGCCAACUACAUGUUCUACGUUAGAGGUAAUAAACAUGACUAUGACAACUGGGUAGCCCAAGGCAACGAAGGAUGGGACUGGGACACAGUCAUGUAUUACUUCAAAAAAAGCGAACGACUCCAAGACAAUGAAAUCAUGCAAACAGAAAACAGAUACUUUCACAAUACUAGAGGGCAAUUAGGAGUAACUAGACCUCUAUGGACGAAGAGAACGCAAAAGUAUCUACGAGCCUUCCAACAAAAUGGUCACAAUCUUAUUCAAGACUGUAAUUCCGAUGAACAGUUAGGAUACUCUAUGCCAUCAUACACAAUCGACAAUAAUGUACGACAACAUACCGCCACGGCCUUUAUCGAACCGAUCAAAAAUCGAAAAAAUCUAUUUGUUUUAAGAAAUACUUUAGCCAGGAAAAUAAUGUUCAAUGGUUAUAGGAAAGCUGUUGGAGUACAAGUUAAACUACCAAAUAAUAGAAUUAUAAAUGUAUUGGCUAGGCGAGAAGUUAUUUUGUCAGCCGGUGCCAUUAACAGCCCACAACUAUUGAUGUUGUCAGGUAUAGGGCCAAGUAAUCACUUACAAAAGUUUGGAAUUGAAGUGUUACACGAUUCACCAGGUGUUGGAAGUCACCUGGAGGAUCAUCCUGUGGUCCUCGUCCCUAUUGCCGUGGAAAAGGAGCCCGCAUCUGUUAUAGAUAAUAUAGAUUUAUUAACUAAUCUGGAUAAAUUCCCUACGCCUUGUAUCAUGGGGCAUGUGACUUUAAAUAAGUCACAAUCAUACCCAGACUACCAAACUUCAAUAUUCCCUCUACCAGCCUAUUCACCAAUCACGUCAUUAAUUUGCUCGUAUGUUUAUAGAUUAGAUGACGAAGUAUGUUUGGCUCUAACAGAGGCUAAUAAAGACAGACGACUUCUGUUCCCUAUUCUAUCAUUACUUCAUCCUGAAUCUAAAGGUAGAGUGCGACUUAAGAGUCCCGAUCCGGAAGUGAGUCCUUUAAUAUAUAACGGUUAUUAUUCGAAUAAAAUAGAUAUCGAGAAUCACGCACGUUAUGUAGAAGAUUACAUAAGUGUGGUGAAUACGCCAUAUUUUAAAAGUAUUGGUGCUGAAGUUGUGAACCUAAGGCUACCUCAGUGUAAGACGUUACCAUUUGGUAGUCAUGAGUAUUGGAAAUGUUUUGUUUUAAAUACUGCGACGACGCAGUGGCAUCCUGCAGGGUCUUGUGCAAUGGGUCCCGAAGGAAGAGGUGUAGUGGAUGAAAGGUUACGCGUCAGAGGUGUCGCUGGUCUUCGAGUUGUAGAUGCCAGUGUUAUGCCUUCUAUAACAAGUGGGAACCUAAAUGCACCAACGAUUAUGAUUGCCGAAAAAGCAUCCGACAUGAUAAAGGCUGAUAAUGGAAUAAAUCCUUUUGAAUAA